GCUCAUGUAGUGAAACAAGAAAUCUUGCAUAGCAAUAGCAUACUACUAUAACUUUAUAAGGCGCAUACGAGUACGGGAUACGAUAGGAGCAAUUCCGUGCUGGUAAGAAAAGAAAUGAUGAGGGAUGCAGAUGCUGUUGUAUUCUACACUUUUUCCGUGGUACUUAUGUUCCGCUCGUAGGUCUUCUUCGUUCACCUACUCACCUCGUCGAGAUCGUGAGUCAUUCGUGUGGUGGUGGUCGUGGUUCUCGUUCUGAUGAGAGGCGUGAGAGCAGUAGAUUGCACCGGCUAGAAGUACGUAGUCGAUCGACAGUGCAAGAGAAGUGAAUUCGAUUUGGCGAAGUAGAUGAAGGGAAAAGGAAGACGAUUUUCUACAGAUGAGAUACCGCCGAGUUGGUCGGUCUCGAUCUUCUCGAUUGGUGUCACGCAGCAGGUUGUUUGUUUCGUAUUACGAUCACGACAUCUGUAUGUACCAGCAAUCAGCUCGUUGCUGCAACAAAACAAAGAGAAAGUAGAAUUGCGAUCUUGACCUGCGAAGAUGAGGCUGAUCCUGGCAGAGUUCGGUGCGAUCGGAGCGCAGGCAUCGUGGCAUACGUGGGACCAGAUUCCUCCACUCUCUUUCGCCGAAGUGCAUUCAUCAGGAGAUGAGGGGGGAUCCGCAGCAUCUUCUUCAAAAACUGAAAACGGCCAAGAACCGCAAGACAAGGAGGGUGGUCGUGAUCGGCACACUGGUGAAGCGCAGAACAGUCCUACAGCGACCCCUUCCCCUUCGUCGAGAGAGCCGUCUCAAGUCGAAACUCUGCUUGGCCAGCUCAGUCCGAAACAACGGCACCGAUUGCAAAACUUCUUGGAAUUUGUCGGGGAAGAGCGCCAGGAUGGUACGAAAGUGGAGAGCAACAGCAAAGGAGGCAGAAAUCAGGAAGUAGAUUCAACAAACGAGAAAGCAAGAACCAAGCAUACCGCGUCUUCUUCAUCUUCCUCUUCGCAAUCGCACAAGCGGGUGUCCGUUGAGCUGUCAGCGGAUGCUGGCGCUGCCGCAAGUGACCGUGAAGAUGCUGCCGACGGCGCUCGAAGUACGUCUGUUUCAUCUUCGAAUCAUGUUGGUAAUCCUAAUCCUGCCGGGUCCAGCAACAAACUACUACAAAGAGAGCCGAGCGAUGGAAUGGUGUCUGCCACGAGUUCAACAACAGGAACAGCAGCUUCGACAAAAAGGACUACGAACCAGGACCAGGAAAACAAAAACCAUGUGGAAAAUCAUGAUGAGCAUGAUCAUUCACUGCCACCACGGGGGCGGACCAGUACCAGUAGUGUUCGUGGUCGCGCAGUUGCUCCUUCACAAGUCGCUUCGAGUAUGCUGCAGUUGGAGGACUUGGAGAAAUCCAUGCUGCGAGAAAGCCGGCGAGGUGGAUCAGCCUCGACAACGCAUCUUUCGGAGCAGCCGGGCCUUCCUGCUCUGCACCAGGAAAUGGACACCCCAUCCCUGCAUUCUUCAUCAUCAGGCUCUUCAGCUACCCCAAGUGGUCCAUCGUUGGUCCGGCGUGUUGGGCGGAUGAAAAAGCGGCAAAGUGGGGUGGAGCAGACUCCGCUACAGCACGAAGAAGAUCUCCGCCCCGCAAGCUCUUUCGUCGAGAAGCAGAAGAGUGCAGCAAGGACGGGUGACGUCCUGCAGCAUGAGUUUUAUGUCAACAACCAUGCAGUAACUGCUCCGACUGCUCCGUACGGUCCAAACGUUCGGGUUGGUUCGUCUUCUCCGACGGUCGGCGACAUGAGCGGGAGCACGACUGGUAGUACCUCCAGCCGAUCUGUGGAACGGGAAGCUGCUGCCUCUGCUGUGAACGACGACCCGGAAUUGCUGGUGCCGUACCAAGAUCCAAGAUCAACCGAACUAGGGCGUACAAUUAAAUGUAUGACCGGGCACGCGUGGUCUUGCGAGCCUGUGAGUCAAGGCCGACAGUGGUCGGUCUAUAUUUUAUGAGCGGGCUCAACCCGCCCAUCACGGUAACCAAAACCUGAGUAGCAUGAAUAUGAACCAGGCAGGGGCGCAGUUUUGCGUUGAUUUUCCUGCUCUGUGUUUGACAUGCUGGGUUUUCAGGGACUUGCGCCCCUGCCGAUGGUAGCUUGAUUGUGAUUCGCCGAGGGUGAUUAGAGCUGCUAUUUUGCUCUGCCUUAGGCCGAUUUAUUUCCUCCUGAUUUCUCCAGUUCUGGAGAGGGAGAGUUUAUUUUCAAUCCUAGUUUCGGAUUAUGAUUGGUCUCCCCUGAUUUCUCUCGUUCCGGAGAGGGGGAGAGAGUUUAUUUCCAGUCCUAGCUUCGGGCUAGGUUGGAUUUCUCCUGAUUUCUCCCGUUCCGGAGAGGGAGAGUGGUUUUAUUUCCAGUCCUAGUUUCGGGCUAGGUUGGACUUCUCCUGAUUUCUCCCGUUCCGGAGAGGGAGAGUGGUUUUAUUUCCAGUCCUAGUUUCGGGCUAGGUUGGACUUCUCCUAUUUUCUCCCGUUCCGGAGAGGGAGAGUGAUUUUAUUUCCAGUCCUGGUUUCGGACUAGGUUGGAUUUCUCCUGUUUUCUCCCGUUCCGGAGAGGGAGAAUUGAGUUUAUUUCCGGUCCUAGUUUCGGUCUAGGUUGGAGUUCUCCAGAUUUCUCCCGUUCCGGAGAAGGAGAGUGAUUUUGUUUCCAGUCCUAGAAGUUUCGGGCUUGUUUGGAUUUCUCGUGAUUUCUCCCGGUUUGGAGAAGAAGGAUUUGAGUUCCCGUCCUAGCUUCGGACUACGUUUGAUUUCUCCUGUUUAUUUUCCCCCGAUCUGGAGAAGGGACAUUUAUUUUCAGUCCGAGUUGCGGACUAUGUCGGAUUUGUGCGGUUUUCUCCCGUUUCUGGAGAGGGAGAAUGUAACUCCGGUCCUAGUUCCGGACUAACUAUGUUGGGCGUCUUCUAUUUUCUCCAAUUUUGGAGCGGGGGGCUUCGCCCUAAGUCCGGGGGUUUGAAGUAUGCCCCAGAUUUCUAGUUUCCAGCUCGAGGGAGGGAGGCUCCGUCCUGUUUCGGAUGAUUUCUUUGCGAGUGGCCUCCUAUUCCCCCCUUGCGAGGAGAGAGUAGGGAAUCCAUUUCCCCUUCGGGGUCGAUUUUGUUUGAUUUUCGCAUCCGUUUGUGAUGGCGGAGUGAGUCUCUGCUUGAUUUCGCAUUUUUAUUUGCCGCGCUUUCCCCGUACAAAUCGGAGUAUCCCCCUUGUGUCUCUCAGCGAGCGUGUUUCAGUCCUGUUGUUAGUCGGGCUUGGAGCAGUUUAUCGCCACACAUCUCUCGUGCUGGUGAGGGAGCAUCGGCCGCGUUUAUGCCGUUUCUUCGGGGGCUUCUCCACUCUCCCCGCUCGGGGAGUGGGUUUCUCUUGGAUUUCCACUUGUGAGGGCAAGAAGUCUAUUGCCCCAGGUUCUCCCGGGUGCGGAGAAGGAUUUCAGGGUCUAGCUGCAGGCUGCUUUUCUGCUCUAAUUUCCGGCUUCUGCCGGCUUUGGUUUUCUUGUGGGUCUCACUUUAUUACUCAUUUUCGAGAUGUGCUUGCCCUUGCAGGCUUCUUUCUCGAGGUCUACUUGCAAGGUUUUGCUCCGUUGUAUUCGACAUGGGGCGCCAUUCUGACCUUGGUUAUUUUCAUUUCAACCUUGCUCGGCUUUGUGGCACUGGCGGUUUGAAUCCGUUAAACCUAAAAGAGGGCAGGCGCGAGAUGGAAAGGCUAGGGAUGCGCCCGGCGCCUCGUGCGCCGGGGUUUUGUUUUCGCGGAUUCUUUUGGUUCCGGUUUCCGGGUUUCUGCCGUCCCUAGCUCCACGAGCCGAGUCGAGGGCUUGAGAUGAAAUGACCAAGGUCAGCGAUGGCGCAUGUGGCGCAGGUUUUCCCCUGUCGGGAUGUUUUCUUUCAAGGUAUUCCGAUUCUCCUCUGGAGGGGGUGAUCUUUCUAUAUGGAGCUUCGUGCCCCUAUGUUGUUUGCCUGUGGUUUUAGGACAUCUUCAGAUCCCUGUUGUACAGGGUGCGAGGAGUGUUGUGUCAAGAGUCGAUCCGGUUGCAUCAUUACGCAGCGAUGUGGUAUCCUCUUCCGAAUCCUUUGCCCGCCUUUUUCGGUUCAGGGGGCGAGAAGUGUUAGUCCCUGGAGAGAGGAGGUCGUCGGGCGUUUUUGUUGGGUGUCUCAUGUUUAUCGGGCAAACUUUCGUAUGUGUGUGUGAGGAUUCUUGGCAGGAUUGUAGGGGGCACUGCGCCUUCCCUGCAGGGCUUGGUCCUUUUCUUUCUGAUGUCGCAGCAUGCGCGUUGACCGGAUCACAAGCAUUACCUCGAGGUCCAUUUGGCAUGGUCAUGGGUGUUAGUGUUUCUCGAGGUCCUCACGGCCAUCGUCGCUGAGGUGGGUGUUGUUUGCUUACUGCUCCAGAGGCAGUCUUAGUGAGUUCGCGCGCAUCUCCGGAAGGGUGUCGCAGAUGACGGCUCCAAUCUUUUCAUGGGCUCCGGACUCUCUUUCCCUGUGUCAUGGUGCCGGGUGGCUCCGAGUUUUCUUUGCACGCAGUGUCUUCGGAAAGGAUCCCGCGCCGAAGUUAUUAUUUCCGUUUGAAACACACAGCUUGCGCGGGCGUUGUGGCCACCGCCGCGAGGUCUACUCUUGUGCUUUGGAAGGUUCCUUCCUGGAUAGUUGUUUGGUAUGCAGGUCUUUGACCUGGGGGCGCGUUCAUCCCCGUGGGCUCUUGAUCUGAGUACUUCUUGUUGCUCGAUGACUUUCCAGCAUUUCCCCGGCCGCAUCCCGGCCGAGUUGUCAGGGUUGAGACCUCUUUCAUCAGUGUGCGAGUGGUCAAGCGCACUACGUAUCCGAAGUGAAGCCGGAGCUUCCGGGGAGUUAUUUCCUAUAUUAAAUGUUCUUACGCUGAUUCUUGGGCAGCGCUUCUGCCACUAGCUGCUCUUGUGGUUUCGGUAGUUGACAAGGAUUUUGCUAAGGGCCAGGGCGAAGGCGCUUUGUUUCGCCCUUUUGGAGCCUUGUUGGGAUGCUGUGUGACAGUCUUUGGCAUCUCAGUCGGUGUCGUCGCACGCACUCUUGCGUGUGGGGCGGCUGUUCGGUACCCAAAUUCAUCUCCAGCUGGUGCCGUAGGGUUCUUUGGGUCGCGUCGAUGCGUUGCGUCUCCGCCGGUGGGGUAGGCUCUCCACAUGCUUGGUCGCGGGCGCCUGCACCUCCUGACUCCCGGAGCGCACAUCCAACGAUGAUCAUCCAUAGGAUGAUCUAUCCGUCGGAGAAGAUGUUGACUAGAUCAUUAAAUGUAUGACCGGGCACGCGUGGUCUUGCGAGCCUGUGAGUCAAGGCCGACAGUGGUCGGUCUAUAUUUUAUGAGCGGGCUCAACCCGCCCAUCACGGUAACCAAAACCUGAGUAGCAUGAAUAUGAACCAGGCAGGGGCGCAGUUUUGCGUUGAUUUUCCCCACCCUCCCGCCCCUAUUUUCUUCUUGUUAUCUCUUCUUCCGAGCGGAUGGAUCAUGAGGCUUCGCGCCGCUUCUUUUUGAGGUGUGACAGAAGCCCAUCUCUUGCAUUCGGGAACUGGGGUAGGCGCUCCACAUGCUUGGUCGCGGGCGCCUGCACCUCCUGACUCCCGGAGCGCACAUCCAACGAUGAUCAUCCAUAGGAUGAUCUAUCCGUCGGAGAAGAUGUUGACUAGAUCAUAAAAUGUUUGAUAAUGCUCUUUAUGGUUAUGCAUCAUGAUUUUCCACACUCUUAUUUUUUCCGGGGACUCCACAUUUCUCCGCGAGCCUCGAUGACGCGUGAGUACUGAGUAGUGCUGUUCGCUAGAAACUGUUUUGCAGAAGCAGAGCAUCUUCCUGAUUACACCCAAGGGCAGCCAAAAACAAUACGAAAAUCACAGAUACGCUGUCCAUCAUCUUCACAAAUGUCACCACGGCGUCUGUGAUCGGUGUGCUCCUUGCCUGCUUCAUUAGCUGCUUCGGGUGCUUCACACAAAAAAUCUUGCGGUUUUAGAAAAUAAAUGCAUUGCUGUGGCGCGGCCGCAUCGCGACCCCAUUUAUCGUGCUACAGCGUCGCAGCUUGAACAGGAGGUCGUCGAGGAUGGAGGAUUGGAAAGACGGUUGCUUUCGACAGAUGAAUGUACCUGGAUCUGGAAUACGGCAGAGCGACAAUGUUGUUUAUGUCGUGAUUGACAGUUUUCAUGUUAAACAAAAUGAACCCGCUUCCGCUACCGCCAAUAAGUAGAAUGGUACAGGGUGCUGUUGCUGAUGCUGUGUGUGUC